AUGCAGGCCGUGUCUUCCCAAGUCAUCACCGCGCUCGUGUCUCAGGAGUCCAAUCUAGGCAUCAGAAUCCAAGAGCCAGCGAAAGAGGUGGUCCGCUUCAGAGCCCUCUCUCCUGAUAUCGGUGAGCAAAAGGACCAUGGAGCAGGAGAGGAGGUCGGCAAAGUCGCCGCGGGCCCGACUCACAUCAAGACAGUCCCGGCUCAUCUUCCUUGCCGGCUACUGCCGGGGCUGACCCCCUGCGUGCUCCGCGGCUUCCGAGCUUCAUGCAGUGAAGAUCGCGCCAUGAGAACGGAUUGGUCUCAAAUAAUGAGCCAGUCUCUUCCAGAAAAUAUUCAUUUCACGUUUAGCGUGUCGUUUGGCAGGAGCGGCUGA